AGAGCGAGACUAACAUCGAACGAGGGCAACACGAGGGGGAGAGGGACAAAGACGCUAAUGGCGGCAUGGUACAGUUCCACAACAUCAACGUUGGAGCUCGAGUUGAGGUUUUAUGGAGAGGAGAAGUGUGUAAAGGAGCUGUCAGAUAUACUGGAAUGUUAGUUGCGAAGCCAGGAGAAUGGAUAGGCAUAGAAUUAGACGAUAGAGUUGGUAGUCACAGUGGGUUGCACAAGGGUGUCCAGUACUUCAAAUGUAAAGACGGCCACGGUAUAUUUACUAGAGCAAGAAACAUCCGAUUUGAUUCGAACAAACGAUCUGUCUUCAACAGCUACAGAACAAUAUCUCCAAAUUCUAGUGUUGAUGAAGUGCUUUUCAAGAAAAUGAAUGGUUUGUCACUUGAUGUAGAUCACCCAGACAAUAUUGAACGAGGCAAACCAGUAGUCAGAUCUUCAUACCUCAAGACUUUAUUUAAGGAGAGAAAAGAAGACAACUUGUGGUCCAGAUCUAGACAGUUCCAUAAAAGUCAUCUUGUAGGAGCACAUAUCAAGCCAGCCACAAUGCAAAGACCCCAAACAGCACAACCAAGCAACCCAUAUGGAUCCAAGCACAGGGAACCCUUCAUUACUCCCCCCUCAAUUCCACCUUGUGGUGUACCUAGACCUGUACUCAAGAGAAUGAUGAAGCAGAACUACUUUGGAACUUCAAUCCCAAGAUACAGUAGUUUGUCUUGAGAUUAUUUCAACUGCUUCCAUUCACUACAGCAUUUUUUUACUAAAAACCUCACACCACCAAAGGUCAUAACAAAACAAUGUUGUGGCUCCAAGGAUACCUCUUUUCUGAAAAAAAAGGACAUUUGAUUCAUGAAAUUAUAUUUGUUAUGCAAUAGCUUGUAGUGAUAUCUUGAAAUCCCUUGUUUACUGGGUAGAACCCUGCAUCUUUGUUGCUGCAUUGUUGAUCUAAAUCACCCAUUACAACUAAAACAUACAGUUCUAGUUUUUUUAAGAUAUAGCUUUUUGUACAAACUUUUUCACAAUGUAUCAUAAAGAACAAAUAUUAUUUGUGUUAUAGCUUUUCACUUAUUUUUCCAGAUCUUCAUUGUAACUUGAUUUUUUUGUGUGUAAAAUAAAUAUUGGUAAAUUAAA